CAUUGUCAGAAAACCAGUGCGUCGUCUUCUCCCUCACCCUUCUCCCUUCGAUUGCCAAGCGGUGUGGACGCGAGACAUCUCUAAUAAUUACUUUAAGUGUGUUUAAAUAAUUUACCCGCCAAAGAGACUAUCUAGUGUUCAAGUUAUAAUAAUCCAUUAAUAACAAAAUGGCCAAUCAAGAAAACAAGGAUUUCAGCGAAGACGUCAGUGAAAAUUAUGAACAAAACGGAGAUGGUGAAAACGGCGCCGGGGACGCCGCUGAAAAUGGUCAGGGAGAAUCUCAGGAGGAUAGGAAGUUGUUUGUUGGUGCCCUCAGCUGGGAAACUACUGACAAGGAACUUCGUGAAUACUUCAGUAAAUAUGGAGACAUUGAGAGCAUCAAUGUUAAGACAGACCCAAAUACAGGACGAUCAAGAGGAUUUGCCUUCAUUGUCUUUGCUAAAGCUGAAUCUCUCGAUAAGAUUAUGUCAGCAGGUGAUCAUAUGAUCAACAAUAAAAAGGUUGACCCCAAGAAAGCGAAAGCCCGACAUGGAAAAAUUUUCGUCGGUGGUCUUUCAACCGAAUUAUCCGAUGAUGAUAUCAAAAAUUUCUUUGGCCAAUUUGGAACCAUCGUUGAAGUUGAAAUGCCCUUUGAUAAGACAAAGAACCAAAGGAAAGGAUUCUGUUUUAUCACCUUCGAAUCUGAACAAGUUGUCAAUAAACUCCUGAAGACUCCUAAGCAAACCAUUAAUGGAAAAGAGGUGGACGUGAAAAAAGCAACGCCAAAAGUUGAUGGAAUGGGAGGAAUGAGAGGUGGAAUGAUGCGUGGUCGUGGAACGAGAGGAGGUCGCGGAGGACGUGGAGGUUUCCAGGGUGGUUGGCAAGGCGGUUAUGGUGGAGGCUAUGGCGGCGGCUACCAGGGUGGAUAUGGAGGUGGCUACGACAGCUACGGAGGAUACGAUUAUUACGGCGGUGGGUACGGUGGCUACGGCGGCUACGACUACAGUGGCUAUGACGGCUAUGGCUAUGGCGGUGGUAGUUACGAUGGUGGCUACGCAGGUGGGCGCGGUGGUGCACGCGGUAAAGGGGGUGCAGGUUUUGCUGGAAAACAAAGAGGUGGAGGUAGAGGAAACGCCAGGCAUCAGCCUUAUUAAAUGAAAUUAUAAUUCACGAACUCAAUGCCAAUCUGCAUUGUGAUCGUUGAAUGUGCCUCAGUAUUCUCAGAUUUACUUCCAAACGGAGCAUCAGAGCUUUGCCAUAGCUCUAUUACUGGAUGAAAUACGGAUUAAUCUACUUAAAACGUCUACUAGGCAAUACUCAUUGAUUUUUUUGGUUACGUCAAUUUCAGGAUUUUUUAUCAAUUGAAGAAGGCAGUUGUGAAGAGAAAUUUGACAACACCAAUAAAAUAUUUAAUUAAAUUGAUAUUUCAUUAUUAAGUAAAGGCAAUAUUUAAGUGUUUUAUAAUAAUUUGAGAAAGAGAAAAAAAAUCUAGAAAAUUAAAUUUUCGAGAAGAAGAAUAUGUACUUGAGCACAAUAAUAAUUCUUUUUUUAUCCUAGAUAAAUCGACUGAUGUCUGCAAUUGAAAAUGUAAAUUAAUUUAAAAGAGUCGCGUAAAUAUUGAUGCUUCCGAAAGAAAUGAAUGUACCAUAGUGUGUUUGGAUGAACUGUAUUUGUCUCAAGUAUAUUUUUUCCGGAUAUCGAAAAUCUCGGGACACUCACGUGUAUACGUACACGAAUACAUUAGAAUUAAGCCCUAGGUAUUUAUUAAAAUUAUUAUUUUAUAGGAUUAAUUGCAAUACCAAAAUAAAAAAAAAAAUUCAGUGUCGGCUCAAA